AUGCCUUUGAAGAGCCUCAGCUGUCUUGAAAGCGUUCUUUUGGUGCUUGACUUCGCAUCGACGGACUUGACCGUGCCUCUCAGAUGCUUCGCGCGCUUUGGUUUCACUUUGAGCGUGCUAGGCUGCGGCAAAAUAGAAUUCUCCUCAUCUGCCUUAGACUUUUUACAUCCAGACCUCUUGAUUUUGUCGCAAAGCCCUGCAUGUCUUGGUUUUGUCACGUUUGUGUUGGAAUUUUCGCACCUUGGUCUUCCGGUGUUGGUCCGCAGCUCUGCGAGGUCAGGUCUGGUACUUUCGGCCUCUGAUUUUGUCCACAUCGACAGCAUUCUGUUGAUCCGAAGCUUCCUAUGCCCAGGCUUCACGGUAUCCAGUAGUCAAGUCUUCCGUCUUGACGAUACCUCCUCUGUCACAGCCAGCUUCCGCCUUGGCUUCUCCUUGCCAGUACGAAGUCUUGCCAGAUUGGGCUUUGUGCUGUUGGUUUCUGAUUAUGUGACCGUGGGUAGUUUGAUGUUCCUGCAAUCGCUUGCUCGACUUGGAAGCGUCCUGUUCGUAUGUGGACUUUCCAGAGUGGCUUCGGCGGUUCCAGCGUUUGAUGCGUCGCACGCGGCUUUGUCCUCAUUCUUGCACAGUUUUGCGCAAUUGGACAGUGUGAUGUUUGCCCUCGAAGCAUCGAGUUCAGGAUUUCCUCCUUCUAUUCGAUCUCUUGCCCAACCUGAUUCUGCUUUGCUGAUUCUGGAAGCCGCUGAAACAGGUUCGCCUAUGCUUCCACAAAGCAUGGUGCGAGCUGAUCCAAUGCCUUCAAUUGUGGGCAUUUGCAGAUCAGGCUCUUUGCCUUCAAUCUUUGAUGGAGCCCAUUUAGACUUGUCGUCGUUGCUAAGGAGCUUGGCUCAGCUAGGUUCCGUGCCGUUGAUCUCAGAGUUUGCUCAUUUGGGCUUUUCAAUGUCUUUUGCACAUCUUGAUCCGUCUUUGUUUGCGCCAAGCUUCAGCAGCUUGGGAUCCUUGUCUUUGUUGAGGAAUGUGGCAUGUCUGGAAAGCUCUGUGUCCGUUUUUGGCAUGGUGCGCUGCGCCUCAUCGCCCUUUGCCUUUGACUUUUUGCACCUUGGUCCAGCGCUCUUUUUGAGAAGCCUUGCUCAAUUGGGACCUUCAACGUCAGCAUUGGACUGCUUGCUUGCUGACUUCUCGAUCUUGCUCCGGAGUUUUAUGCGCCCCGACUUUUGCUUGUCGCCACGGGGAAAUCUUGGACAUGGCUCUUUGGUGCCUAUCAAGAGCUCCCACAUCCUUGGAUCCACGCUGCUGGUUCUUGGAGUCACAUGCAUCGCUUCAUUGCCGCCAGCGUCAGAUCUUGCACUUAUGGGCCUUUUGCUGUUGGUACAAAGCUUUGCCAGAUCAGGUUUUCUUGUGUUAAUAUUAUUCUUUGCAAACCUGGGCUUCCUUUUGUCUCUCCAAAGCUUGGCUUAA